AUGAUUGGGUGGGGAAGGGUUGAGGAAGGCACUGCUGCUGGAAGUGUAAUGGACCUUAAUCCUGCUCUGCAAGAGGUGCUGAAGACCAACCUCAUCCACGAUGGCCUAGCACAUGGAAUAUGCGAAGCUGCCAAAGCCUUAGACAAGCGUCAAGCCCAUCUCUGUGUGCUUGCAUCCAACUGUGAUGAGCCUAUGUAUGUCAAGUUGGUGGAGGCCCUUUGUGCUGAGCACCGAAUCAACCUGAUUAAGGUUGAUAACAACAAGAAACUAGGGGAAUGGGUAGGCCUCUGUAAAACUGACAGAGAGGGAAUGCAUAAAGCGGUUGGUUGAAGUUGUGUGGUGGUUAAGGGCUGUGGCAAAGAGGCUCAGGCCAAGGAUGUUAUCGAGGAGUACUUCAAAUGCAAUAAAUGA